GAAAUCACGACGGUGAAACAAAGCCGAGCCCACGGUAAAAGCGCAAAGUCCACAUUUCGAAUCGAGCAGGCUCUUUCUCUCUGUCUCUCGGUGCUACGGAGGUAUCCGCUGGAAAUCUCCGUCGCCGAGGAAUCGUGAUUCAGGGAUCGAACGACGAGAGCGAGCGAGCGAGUGGGCGGGCGAGCACGACGCCUCGGAGUCUGCGGCCCCCGAGGUGGAUCCAAUUAUCCCGGAAUAAAAUUGCAUUCGACGUAGGAUCGUCCGCGCGCGUUGCAUAUACCACCGCCUCCUCCUCCUCGUCGUGCUCGUCUCGCUCCUCUCACUCCUUUUCGACGGGCCCGGGGAGUGUAAUUUCGCUGUAAUGUUGCCGGCGCGCAGCCGUGUUGUCGAGUCGGUGGUUUCGCUGUGCCGCGCCACGCCGCGCCGCGCGCCGUGUUUACCGUGGCGAUGCACCGUGACGGUGCAUCGUCGUGAAAAUUGAGUUACGGGGGAUGGAGUAGCUCUCCGCGCGACGACAGAUACCUGUAUACUCGCACGCGCGAUGCGACGCCGCGUGGCGCGGAAGAAUGGAUCGCAACAGCCCGGCUGAAUGUUCACGUUCGCCCGCCGCUUUCUACAGGAAGCCGCCGAGCUCUCUGCGUAUACGCAGGUUGAAAUUAAAAGCGCACGCUGGCGCGAGCAACACACGGCGCGUCUCAGCUGCCUCUUACUGAUCCUUCCCCGGCACCGGGACAUCAGGAACAUCGAACCGAGCAUCGGAAUAUUUCGAGCGCGGCUCGAGUCGUCGAACAUGGCGGCCGCCGCGGACGAUAGAAUAUCGUACAUAUCCGGAAGCAACAUACAUAUGUACGGCCAGGAAGGAUUAUGCAGAGAUGGAGGUCUUUUGUCCGCGUGGAAAUAAGCGUGAUGGUCCGCGACUCGCUUCCGAUCGGAAUCAGCUCGGGGUAUCCUUCUGUCGGACGGACGAUCCUUCGGCAAGA